GUAAGUUUCAGGAGUGCAUGUAAAUGCUCCACAUAACUUUAGCCAAGCAAGAAGAAGAUCAGGAGCCAUCUACCACUCCAGGCCCAGUUCCACACAUCCACUGAUCAUCCACCGAAUGGCUCCUGUGAAGAGGAGUUGUGCUUACAGUCUUUGAAAAGUUGGCAGGAAGAGUACUACAGGAAGAGACUUAGUGAUCCUUUAUCCUACGCAUGCUUCGUCGCAUGUGCCGAUCCGGUGCUCCAUGCGCAGGGCUGAGGCGGGAGCUGCCUUCUACUAAGGCUACUAAAAAUCUAAUCUUCUUCGGGCAAAGGAUCGUGGUACUCAAAGAGGGUCGGGCUCUGUCUCAAAGGAGACGGUGGUGGGGAUCGUUCUCAACGCCCUCGUCCCUCGUCACACUCAAACAUGGAGUUUCCUCCGCAAUUCCCUCGACAACAGCUACCGGCAUUUGAGCUUUAUGGCAGUCUGGUGCACAGUUCCUUGCGCCUGGCAUGAGUCGAAGGGGGUUGGAACUAGAAGUUUGCUUUCAUUCUAUCAAAGAGGGUAAAAAGGGGUCCCUGAGGGUCGUGCUGCUUAUGAUGGACGAUAGGACUUCGCUUGAUUCGAACUGCGGAUCAAGUAGAUUAAGGGUAGUUUAUCACUAUCUCUAUCCCAUGUGAACUAUGCUGAGUGGAGUCCCCUCCUUUGAUUUCUUGAAGGGGAAAGAAACUAAGGGCCAAAGAGCGCAACCCACUCGACUCGGGAUAGUGAAAAACUACCUUUAAAAUAUCUUACUUUCAAUUCUUG